GGCGAUAGAAUGUUGACAAACGGCGCAACUUCGGCGAGCGAAGCGAAAGGCCCGUUUGGAAGAGGCAAACCUCGUGCGGGUCCUGGAGCCCCGGUACCCUGUGCUGGCGCAGCAGAGCCAGCCUGGGAGGGAACCCCCUCCUCCUCAGUUGAAAAAUCAAAUCUCUCCCUGAUGGCCCCGCCAGAUAACUGUUAGGAAGCGCCCUGGGUCUCCAGCUCACGGGGCGCAGCGAGGGAGCAGAAAGGCGCAGCCCUGCCCGACAACCCCACGCGUGUCUGCCUUUGACCUUGCAAUAAAGCCCGUUGUUGUGCACACACAUACACACACGGGACAGUUUCCUCCUCCCGGUCGUCUUGGAGGCCCGGAGGGGGCCCCGGCCUUUUCCUCUUCGACCCAGAUAAACUGGGGACCACAACGCUUCCUGCAGGCCAUGUCUACCGAGAGCUCCCCUCUGCUCAGUUACCGGCUCUUCCGGGUGUCAGGGGAAGGAGAGAUGCCAGGGAGCACCCAGGAAGAGGCACCCCUGGUGGUGGGGGUGGUGGGGUCGGCCUCAGGGGGCCCUCACCCCGAUCCUGCCCGGCAGCUCUCCACUUUCUUUGGAGUCAUUGUGCCCACAGUUCUCUCCAUGUUCAGCAUUGUGGUCUUCAUGCGUGUUGGGUUUGUCAUAGGUCAUGCAGGCUUCCUGCAGUCUCUCCUUAUGCUGGUUGUUGCCUAUCUCAUCAUCUCGCUGACCGUCCUGUCCGUCUGCGCCAUCUCCACCAAUGGGGCGGUCCAGGCAGGCGGAGCUUACUUCAUGAUCAGCCGAACUCUGGGGCCCGAAUUUGGUGGGAGCAUCGGGCUCAUGUUCUAUUUGGCCAACGUCUGCGCUUGUGGCGUCUACAUUCUUGGGCUGGUAGAAGCCAUUUUGGAUGUCUUUGGAGCAGAUGGGUCGGAUCCUCCUGGGGCAAAGGCCCUCCCGCAGGGCUACCUGUACAGCUUCCUCUAUGGCUCCCUCAUCCUUUUCCUCUGCCUCCUGGUGUGCCUUGUGGGUGCCCAGAUCUACUCCAGAGCAGCCUUCUUCAUCUUCCUGGUGGUCAACCUUGUCCUCGUCACCAUCUUCGCCAGCUUCUUCGCUGUCUCGCCCCGGGAGAUCAUGGUCUCCCGGGACAGCAAUCAAAGCUUCAACUCUUUCUUCACCGGGUUCAACGUCUCCACCCUCAGGGACAACAUGUAUGCCAUGUACUCUCGCGAUUACACCACCAACAACAUGAUGUCCUUUGCUACUGUCUUUGCGGUCAUGUUCAACGGCUGUACAGGCAUCAUGGCAGGAUCCAACAUGUCAGGGGAGCUCAAAAACGCCAGCAGCUCCAUCCCAAAGGGGACCAUCAUUGCCGUGGUCUACACUUUCGUGAUCUAUUUCCUCCUCUUCUUUAUGACCAGCUUUACCUGUGAGAGGGCGCUGCUGAAAGGCGACUACGGCUUCUUCCGCGCUAUCAACGUCUGGCCUCCCUUCGUGCUGGUUGGCAUCUACUCUGCGUCGCUCUCGGCAUCAAUGAGCAACCUCAUUGGCGCUUCGCGGAUCCUCCACGCCCUGGCAAAGGACGACUUGUUUGGAAUUGUCCUGGCUCCGGCGAAAAUCGUCUCCAAAGGGGGCAACCCGUGGGUGGCUGUGCUGUACACCUGGGCCCUCGUGCAGCUGGUCCUGUUUGUCGGAAAGCUCAACACCAUUGCCGGCAUCGUUACCGUCUUCUACCUCGUGGCUUACGCUGCGGUGGACCUGGCGUGCUUGGCUCUGGAGUGGGCCUCUGCUCCGAAUUUCCGCCCCACCUUCCAGGUCUUUUCGUGGCAUACCUGCUUCUUAGGGAUCAUCUCCUGCCUGGUGAUGAUGUUCCUCAUCAGUCCCGCCGGCGCCUCCGGCAGCCUUGGGCUCAUGCUGUUGCUCCUGGGGUUCAUCCACCUGCGCUCCGCAGCGUCCUCUUGGGGCUACAUCAGCCAGGCUCUCAUCUUUCACCAGGUACGGAAGUAUUUGCUUCUCCUUGACAUCCGGAAGGAUCACGUCAAGUUCUGGCGGCCGCAGAUCCUCCUUAUGGUGGCCAACCCCCGGGGCAGUUCCCAGCUCAUGAAGUUCAUCAACCAUCUCAAGAAAGGGGGUCUGUUUGUGCUGGGCCAUGUGGAGAUUGGAGACCUUGACACGAUGCCCUCUGACCCUGUCCAAGCCCACUACAACUUCUGGCUGAGCCUGGUUGACAAGCUGAACCUCAAGGCGUUUGUGGACUUGACUCUGUCACCAUCAGUCCGUCAAGGCACUCAGCACCUGCUGCGGAUCACUGGCUUGGGAGGGAUGAAACCCAACACGCUGGUCCUCGGUUUCUAUGACGGCUGCGUCCCUGAGGAUUAUUUCCUGCAGGACCCGGCCUUUAGCCAAGCCCGGGAGAAUGAUGAGUUUGGGGUGGACCUGGCAGCUCUUCAAGCCCACUUCCCGCCAGUGAGAGACGUGGAGAGCCAGAAGGCCUUGAGUCCUGCCGAGUAUGUGGCCAUCAUCUCUGACGCGGUGAAGAUGCAUAAGAACGUGUGCCUGGCCCGUUACUUCCACCUUCUGGAGAAGGACUUGCUGUCGCCUUCGUCUUCCAAGAGACGCUUUGAAGGGCGCUACAUUGACGUCUGGCCUCUCAACCUCUUGCGCCCGAACGCGCCGACCUACGUGGACAUCUGCAGCCUCUUCCUCCUCCAGAUGGCCUGCAUCCUCACCAUGGUCAGCUCCUGGAAAGCCGCCCGGCUCCGCAUCUUCCUCUGUGUGGAGUCGGGGGACGUGGGCUGGGUCAGCAAGGAGGAGAAGUUGAGGGAGCUGCUGACCAAACUGAGGAUCAAAGCCACCAUCAAGAUUGUUACUUGGGACCAUGUGGUGGCCCUCCACGGCCGCCAGCACGCAGGCACAGAGUCUCGGGACUCUUCUGAGGCCCAUGCGCCUCACUUUCGUCCUUGCAACACCGAGAAAUUGUCAGGAGAGACUUUCCUGAAUGCUGCCACCUUCCAGGUGACAGACGAGUACUUGGUCUCCGUCAACAACUUGCUCUUGAAACAAGGCGGCCAGACGGCCGUACGGUUCCUCUACCUCCCCCGCCCACCGGCAGACACCUCUCAGUACGAGCGCUACCUGCAACAGCUAGCAAUCCUGACCACGGACCUAGGGCCUACUUUACUCAUCCAUGGGCUGACACCCGUCACCUGUACAGAACUCUGAGGGACCUGGGACAGGUGGAUGGGGCGUGGAAAUUCUAGAUGGCUUUUUUUUUUUUUAAAAAAAGGUGCCUUGACUCUUGAGUGGCGAAGAAGUGAGUGGUGAGAACUGUUGUGCUGGUGGCUUUAGAGAGAGGCCAUUGGAAAAGUGUGGGGAGGACGCUGGAAAUUCAGAAUGAAUUUUGUGAGUCAGUGUGAGUGAAGGCUUGGCAAGUUGGAGGGGGAAAGGGGGGGUGCAGAGAAAUGCCAGGGGCUGUUUCUUCUAUGUUUUUAAGGAGAUGGGUGUUUUCCAUGGUUUUGGAAUGCCUUUCAUAGCCACAUGUAGUGGAUUCCUUGGGCCACCAGGUUUGGUGGGACAGGGCAAUUUUCUCACAUCAGGAUUUGCAUGAAACGCACAGGCCAGUUUGUCAGGCAUCAGCUCCCUUCUGACCUGGAAGUCCUGGUGCCAUGGACUCUUUUUUCCUCCUAGCCUCCUCAGGGAAAAAGAAAGUGGUUCCCUCCCCAUCACCGAGGCAGGAGGAGGGACGUUUUGCAAAGGAAUGUCCUCUUACUGUCCUUUCAGGUAUAAGCUGAGGGCAACCCCCCUGCCGCCUCGUUUGUAAAUUGGAAAAUAUGAAAGGUGGAUUGAGCCCCCAGUUCACCCACAAUACCUUGAUUCUGAAACUCCCAACACAGACGGUACUUUACACCUUUCUAGGCUCCACCUACUUUUGUAUGCAGUGAUGGGGGUGGGGUGGGUCCAUGGAGGGGGUCUCUUAAAGGGCGAAGUAACUCAGCCUGCCAGCAGGCGUCACCUGCCAUCAUUUUAGAGAUGGUGCCGCUCCAGGCUGAAGGUGAAACUUCCCCAGUCAAAGCUUUGAAAUGUCCCCAAACACGAGCAGACCUUUAGGAAGCCUCCUUCGUCUCCCCCCACCUCCAAUAUGGACAAUACUGUUUUGCUUGACCAUUCCCCCAUUCAAAGUCAUUCCCCACCUUCCCCAACCAGGUGACCACUGGGUGAGUUGGAGUACAGCUCUCAUCAACCCAGCCAGCAGUUUUAGUCCAGAACAUCUGGAGGAAACUAGGUUGGGGAAAGGCUAUAGAAUUCUGUUGAGUGGAGGGAGAGGUGCAUUCAGUGCAUGCCCCACUGGCUGGGGCGAUCUCCCCAGGCUAUUAACCCAGCUAACCAUAGAGUAAAAGCUAUUUUAAAAAGGGGAUUGUCCCUAAAUCAAGACAGGGUUGUUCCUCAAAUACUUAACACCCUUGUUGCCCCGGAGGUGCUUAUACUAAUUAUUUCCUAGUCGACUUAAAUGUUUCAUUUUCAUUUGUUACUGUGCCUCUCUGUAGGUGGAUAACCACUGGGAGGGAGGGAGGGCGGAGUGUCUGCAGAGCCCCUUUUGGGGGCUACAGAUAUACUUUUGGGUACUAACAGGUCUGCGGAGGGGUGGAGAAGGGGGUAAUCUCUACUUUUUAGUGACUGCGUGCAAUAAAACUGAAAGUGCAAGAAGUGACA